AUGGUUGAGCCGAGAUAUACAGAGUUUGAAGAAGAAUUUGAUGAUACAUAUAUAGUAACUCCAGAAAGACAAAUUGCUCGACCCGCCAGUAAAGAGAAAUCAACAACCAAUUUCACAUCUUUUAGAGCUCCAAAAGGUAGUAGUCCAUUGAAAAAUCCACCAAUCAAUCGAACAGACUUUAUUACUCCUACUGUAAAUGAUUCACUUAAAGAGAAUGUACCUGAAAGUUUGGAAAAUCUUGCACCCAUUUCAAACUCUCCAAAUUCACCACCUACAAGUAUUAGAUUUAAUAAAAGAAUGAGUAAUGAUCUAGAAGUUCCAACAAGCAAUAAGAACCAACGUAUUGAUAGAAGUAGUACUGGUAGCUCAUCACCUACUAAAAAUCGAUUUAUGGAAAGUUUAAGGAAAAGACUGUUGGGAAAUUCAGUUCAGAUGAAGAUACCCAAAACAGUGGUCGAAUCUUCAUCGCCUCCUCGACGAGCACCAGUGGUUCAAGAAUCUAUUCCAUUAAAAGUUUCUGAAGAUAACAAUGAUAAACAUAGUCAAAGUAUUAUUGAUAGAGUCAAUUCCACCUUAGGAGAGCUCCAUCGCAAUGAUAUUCCCGAACAGAAACAUCAAUCUCCAAAACUCCCCUCGUCCAAGAAUGUGUCACCUAAAUUACAAGAAAGAAAACUACUAUCAAAGUCACCACCAAAUGGUUAUUCUGAUUUACCAAGAGAUUUUGUGGGUCAAGACUUAUUAGGUAAUUCCACUCCGAUUCAUAAAGUGUUGAAGACUGUUAGUUCUGAUUCUGAACAGACUGAAUUGCAAGCUGCAUGGUGGCCAUACCUGAAAUGGGCUAAGCUUAAGAAAAUUGUCAUGCUGAAAGAAAUAACUCGAGAGGAAGCCAUAAGUAAUAAAUUCUUGAUGAAUGAACUUGAGUGUGUGAAUCUCGCGGAACUUACAAAACGGUACGAUUUUUUGGCUAAUUUCAAAACAAAGAGAGCAAAACCAGACCGCAUAAUUAAUUCAGGUCGAAUAUCCAAACGUUCCCAUUAA